AUGAAGGCUAUUCUUGCCAAAACGGUGAAUGCCAGUAGAAAAGAUUGGUCUCAAAAGCUUGAUGAUGCCUUAUGGGUGUAUCGAACUGCUUUUAAGACACCAAUUGGUAUGUCACCAUAUCAGAAGGAAGCAGCUGAUCUAAGAUUGGCGAAGAUUAACGAGAUGGACGAAUUCCGUCUCAGAGCCUAUAAAAGAGCUGACUUGUACAAAGAAAGGAUGAAGAAAUACCAUGACCAAAGGAUUACACAGAGAGAAUUUAUGAAAGGUGAUUUGGUCCUUUUCAACUCCAGAAUGAAGCUAUUUUCGGGUAAGUUGAGGUCUAAAUGGUUAGGCCCAUUUAAAAUUAGCCAUGUCUACUCAUCUGGAGUAGUCGAACUUGAAAAUGAAGUUGGUAAUGUCUUCAAAGUGAAUGGGAAAAGAAUCAAACUUUAUAUUGGUCCAAAAGACCUAUUAAAAAGUGUUGAUGUCUUUUACCUCGAUGAAGUGUGA